AUGUGCUCCAGACAAAGCUCCGGGGGCUGCCAUGGCAUGUCCUCCCAGUCCAGUGGUUGCCACAGCCAGAGCUCCGGUUGCCACGGGAGCGGUUCCUCCGGUUACCAGUCCCAGGGCUCCUCCUGCUGCGGGGACUCCGGCAAAGUCAUCAUCAGCUCUGGAGGAGGAGGAGGAGGAUCCUGCUGCAGUGGGGGCUCCUCGGGAUAUGGGAUGGGAGGAGGAUAUGGUGGUGGAUCUUCGGGAUCAAAGGUCGUCGUUGUAGGGGGAGGUGGUGGAGGAUCCUCUGGAUGCUGUAGUGGAGGAUCCAGUUAUGGAAUGGGAGGAGGAUAUGGUGGAUCUUCGGGAUCAAAGAGCAUCAUUGGAGGAAGCAGUGGAGGUUCCUCUGGAUGCUGUAGUGGAGGAUCCAGCUAUGGGAUUGGAGGAGGAUAUGGUGGUGGAUCCUCAGGGACAAAAGUCAUUGUUGGAGGUGGAGGAUCCUCUGGAUGCUGCAGUGGAGGAUCCAGCUAUGGGAUGGGAGGGGGAUAUGGUGGAUCAUCAGGAUCAAAGAGCAUCGUUGUAGGUGGAGGAUCCUCUGGAUGUUGCAGUGGAGGGUCUUCAGGAUAUGGGAUGGGUGGAGGAUCUUCAGGGACAAAGGUCAUAAUUGGAGGGGGAAGCAGUGGAGGAUCUUCCGGAUGCUGCAGUGGAGGAUCCUCAGGAUAUGGGAUGGGAGGAGGAUAUGGUGGUGGAUCCUCAGGGACAAAGGUCAUUGUUGGAGGUGGAGGAUCCUCCGGAUGCUGCAGUGGGGGAUCCAGCUAUGGGAUGGGAGGAGGAUACGGUGGAUCUUCGGGAUCAAAGAGCAUCAUUGGAGGAAGCAGUGGAGGUUACUCUGGAUGCUGUAGUGGAGGAUCUUCAGGAUAUGGGAUGGGAGGAGGUUAUGGUGGUGGAUCCUCAGGAUCAAAGAGCAUCAUUGGAGGAAGCAGUGGAGGUUACUCUGGAUGCUGCAGUGGAGGAUCCAGCUACGGGAUGGGAGGAGGAUCCAGCUGUGGAAUGGGAGGAGGAUCCAGCAGCGGCUCCUCAGGCCAGACCAUCAUCAUCAGCUCUGGAGGAGGCGGCGGAGGCUCCUCCCAGCAGAAAUGUCCCAUUGUCAUCCCCGUGGUGUCCCACCAGACCAAGCAGGGCUCCUGCUGGCCCGGCCAGCAGAAGUAA